CGAUGGUGAUUAUGUGGUGGUGAUGGAUAUGAUUGCCCUGGUUUUGAUGUGGCUCCGAAUGAAACACGACCGCCAAGCCGCUACUUCAUUACAUUUCUUCAUCAUGCUCCUCGGUUGACACUUCGAAACCCAGAGGCAAACUCCCCGCCAUUUUUUGAGGUAGUUGCGAGCUUGGUACCGUUAAGAAAAAAAUGGAUAUUUGUGGCAGAGUUGCAGCCUUUUCAUCUCUAACUUCAGCUCACUCAAUUGCUCCAUCCUUCGGCACUACUCGACCCGUCUCUUUGCGGGGUACGAUGAGAUUAAGUGUGUGGUGUGCUUCUGAUCAAACUGUCAAGAUGACUGUGUCAGUGACGGGAGCUACUGGUUUCAUUGGUAGGAGAUUGGUGCAAAGGCUGCAAGGAGAUAACCAUAGCGUUCAUGUCUUGACUCGGUCAAGAUCUCGAGCUGAGUUAAUAUUUCCUGCCAGGGAGUUUCCAGGAAUCGUGAUUGCUGAGGAGGUGAAGUGGAAAGAUUCUAUUCAAAGUUCCAAUGCUGUUGUCAAUUUGGCUGGAUUGCCUAUCAGUACAAGAUGGUCCCCUGAGAUCAAGAAAGAGAUUAAAGAUAGCAGAAUUAGGGUCACCUCAAAGGUUGUAGAUUUAAUCAACAAGUCACCACAAGAAGCUCGACCUGCUGUUCUCGUUAGCGCUACUGCAGUUGGUUACUAUGGUACUAGUGAAACACAGAUUUUCGAUGAGAGCAGCCCAUCAGGAAGUGAUUAUUUGGCAGAGGUGUGUAGAGAAUGGGAAGCAACAGCGUUCACAGUAAAUAAGGAUGUCAGAUUAGCUCUUGUCCGCAUCGGUGUUGUUUUGGGAAAAGAUGGUGGCGCUUUGGCUAAGAUGAUCCCUAUGUUCAAGAUGUUUGCUGGUGGACCUUUGGGCUCUGGACAACAAUGGUUUUCCUGGAUUCACUUGGACGACAUUGUCAACCUAAUAUACGAAGCUCUAGUAAAUCCAUCUUACAAAGGAGUCAUAAAUGGAACUGCACCGAAUCCAGUACGAUUGGCAGAGAUGUGCAACCAGCUGGGAGAUGUACUAGGUCGGCCAUCAUGGCUUCCUGUACCCGAUUUCGCUCUCAAGGCAGUCCUCGGAGAAGGCGCCACUGUGGUGCUGGAAGGGCAAAGGGUAGUUCCUGCAAAGGCCAAGGAGCUGGGUUUCAGAUUCAAGUACCCCUACGUGAAAGAUGCCCUUAAGACCAUCCUGUAAUGAGGAGAAUACGAGCAGAUUUGUGGCACCAUUCUGUUGAUUUUAUUCCCUUCAAGUAGAGGAUGAAUCUAUUCAUUUCUGUCAAUAGAGGCACAUAAAUUUAGUGACAGUUUUAGUCCACAUAUGUCCUUCUCUGCAUGUUCCCUAUGUGUACUAUAUACUAAUUGAUGAACAUUUCAUCAACAUUUCAGCAACGGAUGACGAAUUUGAAGUGGUUAGUUCGAAUUUUGUCGAUCGUCGAUCUACCAUUACUACGCUCUUAAUGUAGAUGCUAAAUACAAAUAUUAUAGUUGCUAAUAGAGAGUGGUUUUUAUUGACUAACUAGUAACUACUACUCAUAACUACAAGUAAAGAAAAUAACUUGGAGGAC